AAACAUUCCCUGUGAAUGGCCACCAGCAGGUAGAGAAGAAGAAGACGCACAAUAACAACGCAAAAAAGGUAGAAAAAUCUAGCAAAUUGUAAAAGUAGCCGUAAAAAUAAAAUAUAGCCAGCAAAAAUGGAAGCAAAGCGUGAGAGAAAGUCAUCCCUGGCCCCACUUUCGCCGUGUCCCAUUCCGGAUAUAACCGAUGACGAUUUGGUGAGCAUUUCGGUUAGGGAUCUCAAUCGGACCCUCAAGAUGCGUGGUCUGAACCGCGAGGAGAUCGUCCGGAUGAAGCAACGCCGGAGAACUUUAAAGAAUCGCGGAUACGCCGCCAGUUGCCGCAUCAAAAGAAUCGAGCAAAAGGACGAACUGGAGACUAAGAAGUCCUACGAGUGGACGGAACUGGAGCAGAUGCACGAGGACAACGAGCAGGUGCGCCGUGAGGUCUCCAACUGGAAGAACAAGUACAAGGCGCUGUUGCAGUUCGCCAUCCAAAACGAGAUUCCCAUUCCAAGCGAGCUAGAGGGCUGCUGAACGAAACGAUUUGCCCAGUCACAUUCCUGUUUCUGUCAAAAUUUCAAUAAACCCCAAAUGAAAACACCUGUAACUAAAGUACAAUAGCUGGCAAAUACCCUUCUGUAAUAAAAGUAAUCUGCUCGAGAA